AUGGCGCAGUAUCAGCGCCUCAAGUCCCUCAUAUCGCUUGGCCUCGUGAACCUGCAGCCCAGUCUGCGACCUCCGAGACGCGUCCGGGCCGGAGCGCGGCCGUGCACGCGGGACAUGAGUGAUACUGAGCGGCUCCGUUUCAAGAACAACUGCUCAGCACCUUUAUAACGCGACAGAGUUUAAACGCUGGACUCACGAUGGAGUCGGAGGAGAGUCAGAUAUCUGUGUGGGUCUGCCGAGAGGAGAAGCUCGUGCUCGGCCUGUCAAAGCGCACGACCUGCGCGGACGUGGUCCAGGUGCUGCUGGAGGACCAGCGCUCAAAGCACGGCCUUUCCACGGCCACGUCCUACUGCAUCGUGGAGAAGUGGAGGGGCUUCGAACGGGCUUUGCCGAAAAAAACCAAGAUCCUGCGGCUUUGGGGCGCGUGGGGAGAGGAGCAGAAGAACGUCAAGUUCGUGCUGGUGCGAAGCGAAGCGGCGCUGGCGAGCGACGCGGCCCGGAGCGCGGAGGCGCGCGUGGUGCCCAGCAAACACGGCCCCUGCGUGGACCAGGGGAGCCCGCGGGGUCCCACGGAGGGCGUCUCACCCGAAAAACAGCGCCGCAUCGUGAGGAAAGCCUUCAGGAAGUUGGAGAAGAUGAAGAAAAAGGAGGCGCACAGAGACGCCGCGCGCUCCGCGGAGAGGAUGGAGACCCUGGUCCACGUCGUGGUCUCGCGCGAUCACACGAUCCGCCAGCAGAUCGAGAGGAUCGCGGAGCUGGACGCGGAGAUCGAGCGGUGCGAGGCGAAGGUGCACUGCGACCGGAUGAGACGGCACGGGGCUAAUUACGUCCAGGACACGUAUUCGGUGGACGCGGCCGUCGCUUCCGGGCGGGACGGGGACGGAGAGCGUCCGAGCGACACUCUCGCCGAGUUUGAAGAGCACGCGCGGCGGUGCGAGGAGGUGCUGACGCUCCAGGAGGAGCUGUGGGAGAGAGAAGCUCUCAUAGACAUCAUCACGGCGCAGAUGCGAGAGGAGCUGAGCCGCCGCCGGACGCUGGACGCGCGCCAGCGCGAGCGCGAGCGGCCCGUGCCGGACGCCGGCGCGGACUCCGCGCGCGAGCGCGAGCUGCUCGUGGAAGGAGACAGGAUGAAAACGCAGCUGGACGCGAGCCUGUACGUCGGUCUGCGCCUCAGCACGGAUUUAAAAGCUAUUAGGGCCGAUUUGGAGCGGACCCAGGAGAUUUACGAGGCGAGGGAGAAGGAGAUGAGAGAUUUGCUGGAAAAAGUGAACGCUCUGGACGCGGAGGGAGGCACGGGCACGGACGGUAAUUCGGGGGUAAUGAGCACUUUGGAGGGGAAGAGCGAGUGGGUGGAGCGGGCCAGGGGUCUGUCCACGGCUCUGAGCGCAGACGACGACUCGGACACGGGCUUGAGCUCCCUGCACAGCCAGGACUCCGACAGCCUGCUGGUGUGGGAGUCGCUCGUCUGAGCGUCCGUCCCACGGAGACGCCUGCAGUUAACGGUCAAGAGCAGCACAUUUGAACUUUUUUAUGCGUUUUUUAUCCCUUUAUAUUUUUUAUAACAUUUUAAAACUCGAGUAUCUGCAUAUUUGGGGCCAACGAAUGUUUCACUCCAAGUGUUUUGACAAAGAAAUAAAUCCUGUUUUUAAAGCCUG